UGAAAACGUUUACUUCAACUCCAAGCAUACAUCAUUUUGUGUACGUUCGUCAUAUGGAUGUUGGAUAAUGUAUGGCGCGUGCUUCAAAGUUGGUCUUACAGUUGGUUCAUAUGGAUAGAUUCGACCGGUGAACGGCCUUUGAGUAAUGGUAAAGUGACCUCGAAAAAUCUACACUAAUGGUAAGGAGUAGAAUUGUUGAGCGCGUCAACGUCGAGAAUUGUUUCUAAAUUUUCAUCAGGCUUGUUGGGUUAUGGUCCGGCAAACCCUCGGCAUGGAUGCGGAAAGCUUGACCCGAUUUUAUUAACCUAUGCCAUAGGUGGCGUUAACUAAGCAAAGGGUAAGAAGCGUGAUCUGUAAGUAAAAAACAUGUCGGUUGGGAGUAUUUGAUCACAGAUAUCUUCAAAACAUAAGGCCCAUACAAUGGAAAAGCCAAAUAAAGAUUUCUGAGACUAGCCUUAACGUUCUGAGAAAACAUAGCGAGUCGAUUGGUUUUGUAAGGGAUUUUCGUCAACUAAGAUAGUUAGGACAUGUGUUACGUUUGACCAACCACCUUUUACCACAAAGCCUGGUUUGUCCAAAGUGUAAAUAAAUCUGGAGAAUACUAGGAGCUGCCAAACCAAGAUAUGGCAUCAUUCCAUGAAGUAAUUGGCCGUUCGUUAGCCGUGUUUGUAUAUGCAUACUAUUUGGUUGGGGUUCGCGCAGUCACUUGUUGAAAAUGUCGGAUGACAUGACUUGGAAUCGGUCACAAAAGCGUAGCUAGAUCUAAUCCUUGUCUUCCUCCAGUAUUAUUUUCACAAAUUUUGUUUCUCGAAAUUAGCCACGUUCUAACCUUAUUCUUAUACGUCUGGUAUUUUUUUCUAAUUGGUACUGUUAUUGUUCUUUAUUCUUUUGCCAUCUUUAUGGUUCAUUUUUCCCAUUAAUAUUGUAGUAGGGAAACUCAUAAUGACGAACAUUUGAUACUCACAAAUCGAUUAUAUUUUAUCAAAAAUGAUCGGAUUCUUGUUCGUAGUCAAAACUUUUAAAAACAGUUUUCUUUAAAGAUUAUCUCAGCGUAAAAUGAAUACUCAUUUUUUUAUUUAACCGAAAGGCAUAUUUAGUUUUAUCUGUAGUUGCAGGAAUUUUUAAGGCAGCGACUACCUUUUGCAGAUCCCAAGCAUGACAAAGGAUAUGAUAAAACUGAUGGACUGAAGACAUGUAGUGGUCAAGACUACUGGUGUGUAAUGAAAACCAUUCGGUUGUUUUACAUUUAGCUACUGUCUGGUAAUAACAAAUAACUCUUGAAAUUAUUUAUGGAAAUGUCAUCUUUGAACUAGUAGGAUAAUUUGAAGUCCUACUCUUCAGUGCCAUUGCUACGAGUGGUGUUUGAUAUUUUUACACACACUUUCGGCGAUUGUUUUUCGACAGUAGAUUUAUUGUGUCGGGAAAAAGUUCAGAUACAUACGGGAACCUAAAAACUUUUAAUUCCCCUUAUACGAUACUGAGAAUAUUUGGUACAGGUUUAAAUCUUCAAACUAUGGAUUUUGUACACCUAAGCAAAGUCCAUGGGUAUAGACUAAAUUGGUUGUGUUUGCCAGCUUUCUAUUGACCAUUUAUAUCAUUUGUUAAGUUAGUAAUUGACGAAGUUUGCACAAAACAGCUAGAAACGUGGUCACUGUUCCAAGUCUAACGUAUUUGCGACACUAAACUAUUUGUUUGGCUUCUGUGAUUGGUCUUUAAGACAUUAAAUCUUGUCAGCGCUUAACCAAGUAGGUAUCUAUCACCGACGGUAGAGUUUUCAUACAUCACAUUAAGCGACCUGAUUCUUUUGUGCUUACUACCGGAAGAAUUUCAUUCUUGUUAACUAGAAGAUAAUGAAAAAUUGUGAGGUACUACCUUCAAUUCACAAUACAGCUGUCAUUACAAUUUAUUGGACUUGGAAUUCCCGAUAAUUUUAUUUUAGUGUAUUGCUCAUAGGGUUUUCUCCAAUCUCAGUAAAACAGUUCAUACUUGAGAAUUGUAGUGUGCUUUCUACUUUAACUCAUGGAGGAACAGUGUAUCGCCCCUAGUUGGUUAAAAUACACCAUAUAACGUUUCAGAUGUCCAUUCUAAGAGACGAUUGUCCUAACAAUCAUCGCUCCUUAUUAGCUUAUCUCAGAAACAAAACUGAUUCGGAGACCAUAAGUUUCACUAGGGGCUCACUGUCAUAUUCAGAAUAGCUGCAGAAGAAUGAAUCCAUAAUUUCUUUGACUGAUCUCUACUGACUGGUUUUAAAGUUAAAAAUUACCGCCAAUAAGUCAGUCAGUCACAACAUAGAACCUGUAAGUAUGUACAUCGGUUCAAGUUGUUGUACCCCAUAGGCACAGAGCGAUUGAGUUGUCGGACCAAAUCCUAGAAUAGCAUAGGUAGUAACAGUUUCAGUGAUAAUAGUAAGAGUUAGACAUCAAAAAUGUGUCUCAAAAAACAGAAAUACAAACAAAAUAGUCAUGAGUAAUUUAGGACCUCAAAAUCCGACGGAAGACUAAGAGUGGAUGCACAUGCGCCAUUCCAAAGGAUUUUGAUCCAUGUCAUUCAGAGUUUGACCAUUGGUCACGAUAAUUACGCGGACCCCAACCAGGUAAUCUAUACCUACUAACAUGGCUAAGUUCAGUUGUCAGUGACUUCACUGACUGAUUCUAUCUUUUGGUUUGACCACCCUUAGCUGUCGUCCAGCCUACUUGUGCACCAGAAAAAACCGCCCAUCAAGACAGGUAAUGGUUGAGUAUACGUAACAUAUAUCCAAACCACCUCAGUUGAUGAAGACCUACUACCUCAUCAAUCGAUUUCCAAUCCUUAUGUCUAGUACUUUAUUCCGAAGCCCGACAUUGCUUACUUCGUCGUCCUAAAAUUCACGAGUAAUGUUUCGUUGAUACCUAUGAUCGAGUGCCAAUAACCUACGAAUAUCCGCUAUUCUUAAUCAUGUUUCACAUCCAGCAAGUAGGACAGAGUGAACUGCUACUCCUUAAGUUUGCCCUUUGGAUGUAAGGCGGAUAUUUCGACCAUGAUUGACGCUAGUUGGCAAAAGCCAAUCGAAACUUCAGAAUCCAUAUCGAGAUUUCGUCAUACACUUAAAUGCCCUGGUAUGGCCGACUGGGGAGAGUCCGCUCACCCUCUCGAAAUGCUUUCACAUGGCCACGUGCAUACAACCACUGCCAGGGAAGUCCUACUUACUAUCUCGCGGCGGGAGCGUUGUCUAGGAAAUUGAGAGGACAAAAAGCGAAUGUCCGGCGCUUUAUCGGGUUGGUGGAUACGGAGAGUUCACCUGCGGGAGUUGGAAAUCCCUGAUUCCAAACCAGUGGUGCACAUGGGCAUCAGUAUCCUGAGUGGACAAAUGGCGUAUGAACCAAUUGUUUGUCACCGGCUAUCAUGGGACUGCAUCUCCUUACGGUGCUCCAUUGUUUUGUGGGUCAGACCUAUAGGUUGAAGGUUCCGAGUGUGGCCCCCUAAGAAAAUCACCUGCUUCGGUUUGGGCACCCGGGCAGUAUCACAGCCCUCACACAUAUCGAAUGGGAUUUGUGUGGCGCAUAUGUAUUUGGUGCCUCUUUGUACCAAUAUCUAUGUGUUGAAAUAAAUAAAUAGGCAUUUUAAGUUUACGUCUAUAUUGCCACUAUCAUUUUCACAAUCGAACUAAGUCUCGUGUUGGUAGAUACCUUUAUUUCACGAAUAUGUAGAAUAAUGUUAUAAAGGGGAAUUACACUGCAUACUUAUUACUUCGGUAAUAAUAACCAACUAUUUGAUAUAAUUAUAACUAAACUGUCACGAUUAGUUUUUGCUUACCACCCUCCAAGGAAUUCUUACCAACUAUUGUUUUGUAAUUUAUAGCAAGAAAAUAUCUAGUCGCUAAACUUUCGAAAUGGAGAUAUAAAUUGUUAUAAACCAAUGCACUUGAUACGCAUAGCAUUCAAUAAAGCAAUGAGUUUCAGCGAACUCAAUCUUCUGUUUCCUGUAAAAAUUUCUGGUUUAUAAACAGAUGAACAUCUAAAUAACUGGUUAGUUUACUAGCUUGCUUCUCCAUUUCACGAUGGUAUGUAGAUCUGAAUAAGCCAUAUAAAGUGUAUUAUUUCUUGCCUUAUCUUUCACUUUGGUUUAAUGAACAUCAAUGAUUCUUCAACAUUGAAGCUGUCUCAUUUUCCGACAAAAAUUUCUGCAUAUCGUGGUUUUUCUAUCUGUGACUCCAUCUAUACAACAUUAUCAAGAGUUCGUAGGAUUGCUUAGAAAAUAAAGUUCUUUUGUUUCUUUUCAAGUUGCUUUUGAGUUUAGUUAUUACAUUAAGCUGUUUCCGUUCUUUUAGGAGCGCAGCAAUGUCUGAGCGUUAGUUUUAGUACUAGGUUACGGGUUGCGUCACUUACUUGCAAACUAAAGGUUGGCAUUAUAUUAUUUAAUAUAAUCUCAGUCAUAUCCAGAAAUUUAAUUAUUGGCCACGUUAUGUAGCUCGCUUAAUCAGGUUCCGUCCUGUUUAUCGAAAAGAACUUCUAGGUUGGCGUUUUGAAACGGAUCAUAUGUUUCAACGGCCCAAUUCUCUACCAAAUGAAAAAAAAGAAGAAAAAUAUCUACCGAUUUGGCAUUUUUCUGAGAAACCUCCUUGGAACGUUGCUAACCGCCUAUCCGAAUUCCCAUAUCCGAAUAUAACUUGGUGCGUUAUUCAUCCGAAUGGUCGCAAAGAAGCACGAAAGUUGCAACCUAUGCUACCUGAAGACCAAUUGAUUUUUAAAGGUGAUCGUGUCCAAAUACUUUGUGGCCCGGAUAAAGGAAGAAUUGGUAUUGUUUCUUCAGUCUUGAAAAUCAGACGCUUGGUCUAUGUGGAUGGACUUAAUUAUCGUUUAACAGCUUUUAAAAAAUAUGAUUCUUUAAAAAGAAGCGAGGACCCGUUAGAUAUUGAUACCCAGGUUGCUCUUUUGGAUCCAUCAAAUAACGAACCUUGCAAGUGCUCCUGGCGGUACACUGAAGAGGGAAAUCGGGUCCGUGUUUCCCUACAAACAGGUCAUGUAAUCCCUCUACCAGCUGCAGCCAGACAUUUAGAUGACUUAACCGAUCCUAAAACAGCUGUUGUCAGUUCGAAAGAUACUUGUGAACCAGUUGUUUGUAAUGUAUCCCUCAAGUCUCUCACUUCGACAUCAGAUGUCAAUUUCGAAAAGAGUUUGCUCAAGGAUUUAAAGUUAAUGGACGAUUGUCUUAAGCAAACUCCUACAUAUUGGUAUUGAUUUCCGUUAAUUAAAGACCAUGUUUAGUCUGUUCGUCUAUCCAAUUUUUGUCUUCUGUUAAAGAGCUUUCAAUUGAGUUAUCUGAUUUCUAAUAAGUUCAGCAGAAUUUUUCAUUUUUAUUUGCAAAUCCAAAGUUGUAUCUCCUUUAUAUUAUAUAAGUGAACCAUAACUUAGAAAAUAUCAGACACUUUUAAAGAAAAUACGAAGUGGGCUUCAUCAGUACUUGGAAUAAACUGUUAUUAAAACCAUUCAAUCACUUAUGUAGACAGUAUGACUUUCAUGUAUACAGCAUCUUUAUCAGAGAAUAAAAGGUGCUAUUAACUGA